GCUGCAACGUUCUGAGCCUGGUCGGCUGGCGGUGUGCGGCUUCCUUUUCUUCGUGCUGUAAAGCCCGCCAUGUCGUAUCCGGUGGACGAUUACGAAGAGGGCUCUUACGAUCCAUAUACUUAUCCAGGGGAAUAUGAUUUACACACAGGAGAUCCAAAACAGGAUUUAGCCUAUGAACGGCAAUAUGAACAGCAAACCUAUCAGGUGAUUCCAGAAGUGAUAAAAAAUUUUAUCCAGUACUUUCAUAAGACUGUUUCAGAUCUGAUUGACCAGAAAGUGUAUGAGCUUCAAGCCAGUCGCAUAUCUAGUGAUGUCAUUGAUCAGAAGGUAUAUGAGAUCCAAGACAUCUAUGAAAACAGUUGGACUAAAUUAACCGAAAGGUUCUUUAAAAACACUCCCUGGCCAGAAGCAGAGGCUAUUGCACCACAGGUUGGAAAUGAUGCUGUGUUCCUGAUUUUGUAUAAGGAGUUGUAUUACAGACACAUCUAUGCUAAAGUCAGUGGUGGUCCAACCCUGGAACAAAGAUUUGAGUCUUAUUACAAUUACUGCAAUCUCUUCAACUAUAUUCUUAAUGCAGAUGGCCCAGCUCCUCUGGAACUACCCAAUCAAUGGCUCUGGGAUAUUAUAGAUGAAUUUAUAUAUCAGUUUCAGUCCUACAGUCAGUAUCGCUGCAAGACUGCCAAGAAAUCUGAGGAAGAAAUUGAUUUCUUGAGGUUAAAUCCUAAGAUCUGGAAUGUCCACAGUGUUCUUAAUGUGUUAUAUUCCAUCGUGGACAAAUCCAACAUCAACAGGCAACUGGAAGUUUAUACCAGUGGAGGUGACCCCGAGAGUGUUGCUGGAGAAUACGGUCGUCAUUCUUUAUAUAAGAUGCUGGGCUAUUUUAGCCUUGUGGGUCUGCUGCGCCUCCAUUCAUUGCUGGGUGAUUAUUAUCAAGCCAUUAAAGUUCUGGAAAAUAUUGAGCUUAACAAGAAGAGUAUGUAUUCACGAGUGCCGGAAUGCCAGGUCACCACCUAUUACUAUGUUGGUUUUGCAUACUUCAUGAUGCGACGUUACCAAGAUGCAAUCCGUGUCUUUGCUAAUAUUCUCCUAUAUAUUCAGAGGACCAAGAGCAUGUUCCAGAGAACAACCUACAAAUAUGAAAUGAUCAACAAGCAAAAUGAGCAGAUGCAUGCUCUUCUGGCCAUUGCUCUUGCCAUGUAUCCAAUGCGCAUCGAUGAAAGCAUUCACCUGCAGCUCAGAGAGAAAUACGGGGAUAAGAUGCUGCGGAUGCAGAAGGGAGACCCCCAAGUAUACGAGGAGCUGUUCAGCUAUGCUUGUCCCAAAUUUGUCUCACCCGUGGUACCCAACUACGACAAUGUGCAUCCCAAUUAUCAUAAGGAGCCAUACCUGCAGCAGUUGAAAGUCUUUGCUGAUGAAGUCCAGCAGCAAGCUCAACUGUCCACCAUCCGCAGUUUCCUAAAACUGUACACUACUAUGCCUGUGACUAAGCUGGCUGGCUUCUUGGACCUCACAGAGCAGGAAUUCUGCAUCCAAUUGCUGGUCUUCAAACACAAAAUGAAAAACCUAGUCUGGACAAGUGGCAUCUCUGCCUUGGAUGGAGAGUUUCAAUCGGCUUCUGAGGUGGACUUCUACAUCGACAAGUUGAAUCGUACUCUGAAGAAGAUGGGCCAAAGACCUUGAAACUCUUCUUGCAUCAGCUAUUUGCCCUUUUUGAAGAGGGUAAGCCUGGGAGAAAUAUGAGCUAAGAAUUCUGGAAUCUUCUAUAAUCUCUGCCAUUUUUACUUACAUAGCAGAUGGUUGUGCUCAUACAAAAAA